AUGAAAGCGAUUUUCUGUGGAAAUUUUGAAUAUGAUUGCCGGGAAUCUGAGCUGGAGCGGCUUUUUAGAAGAUAUGGCAAGGUUGAUAGGGUGGAUAUGAAGGCUGGAUUUGCUUUUAUUUAUAUGGAAGAUGAGAGAGAUGCUGAUGCUGCAAUUCGUGCUCUCGAUCGGAUAGAAUUUGGUCGGAAGGGGCGUAGACUCCGUGUAGAAUGGACAAAGCAAGAACGUGGCAUUCGAAGGCCUGCUGAGCGCUCAAAAAGAUCUUCGGCUAAUGCGAGACCAUCAAAGACCCUAUUUGUAAUUAAUUUUGAUACAAACCAUACCAGAACAAGGGACUUGGAGAGGCACUUUGAGCCAUAUGGUAAGAUAGUCAGUGUGAGGAUCAGGAGGAAUUUUGCAUUUGUUCAGUAUGAAUCAGAAGAUGAUGCUUCCAAAGCCCUGGAAGCUACAAAUAUGAGCAAGUUGUUGGAUCGGGUUAUUUCAGUUGAAUUUGCUACUAAAGACGACGAUGUCAGGCGAAAUGGACAUAGCCCGGAGAGAGGCCGUGAUCGUCAGCGUGACAGAAGCCUUGAUGGAAGGCGAUCACCCAGUCCUUAUCGUAGAGAAAGGGGUAGUCCUGAUUAUGGCCAUGGGUCUAGUCCAUAUAAGAGGCAGAGGAGCAGCCCUGAUUAUGGGCGUGGCAACAGCCGUAGUAGAAGCCCCUAUCGAAGAGAGCGAGGUAGCCCUGCUUACGGGCGUCGAAGCAUUAGUCCUUACAGAAGAGAGAGGGAUGAUUCUGUGCCUGUUCAUGUCAACAGCCGCAGUCCUUAUCACAAAGAGCGGGGGAGAACCAACCGGUCUCCCUCCCAUAGUCUCGAAGAAGGAGAGACUCGAAAAGGUCAUGGAUCUGACCUCAGUCCAGAAGAAGGAGAGAGGACAGACCCUAAAAAAGGUCAUAGGUUUGGCCAUAGUCCUGAAGAGGGAGAGAGGAUAGACCCUAGAAAAGGUCAUGAAUCUGACCAUAGUCCUUAUGUUGCUGUGAAGGGUAGCCCUGAAAAUGGCCAUUACCAGAGGCACAGUCCUGACACAAUACGGAAACCCAGCCCUUACAAUGAUUCUAGAGGGAGUCCAAGGCCUGAUGCGAAAGGGAACCCCAGCCCAUUCAAUGAUUAUGGAGGGAGCCCAAAUACUAUGCCUGAACCCAGAGAUAGUCCCAACUAUGGUGGCCCUGAAAGUCCCAUGCAUGAACAAAGCCAGAGCCAGUCACCCCCUGCAGAAGAAUGA